GGCGCCGAAGAUCAACUUUCUUCCCAACGUCUGUGCACUUCCGGAUCGUUCAAGCCGUCUCCGAACCUGAUUCAUCAUCGUCUUCUAGUCAGAGAUGGUAAGAGGCAAGAAGUGCUCACUCAGAAUCUUGGAAUUUUGGGAUGUUGUCGGACGUGGAGAACCCAUGGGCAUAUGAAACUGAACGACCUGAGAAUGAUAUGGGAUAAGACAUUCGUUCAAAAACAAUUGAGGUCAUAAUAUUUCUGGAUCAUUAUCAAAACUGAAAUGGGCAAAGAUGGUUUAUAUUUCCAUUUCUUGCAAAAGGCCCCCCUUUUUCGCCCUACACCAAGCUGAUUCCGCGCAGGUAUAUAACCUCCGUUGGAUGCCACCUUGCUACCGACACAUCACCCCUCUCGACUCACCGUUCUUAACGUGAAGAUCGUACACAGAGCUUUCCACUAGCAUCUCCUAGUCUCUGGACUUUGAUUCAUCAUCCAAGAUGUCCAACACCCAAACUGUUCGGCACAACGGCGCGACAGAACAGACUGGUGCGAAGCGUGUCACCAAGACCGUUCUCAGUCUCGGCAACCUUCCACCUAAACCCACGACGCAGAACGAGUUAGGCGCUACUCUUAGCUGGCCACGCACACCUACCCGUGUCGACCCAAACAACCCACCAUGGCCUGCCUACCGUGGUUAUCACGAAUAUUCGUUUGCUUAUGCCACAAUGGGUAAAAGACUUCCAACUAUUCUGGGAAAGGCAAUCGAUGACGUCGUCAAGACCCUUAAUGAGCAAUCUGAGGAGGAGCAUAUCGUCGACUUGAACGAGUGCAUUAACCGUAUGGACAAGCUCAUGGAGGACCUCACCGGAAACAAGAAGCUCCGACCCAUCAUUGACGACAACGAAGCGGACGUUGCGCUCUGGAACAAGGAGAUUGCAAAGUUUUUCCAAGGAAAGGACUUCAUGAAUGCUCCGUGGCUUUUCGCCGAGGCGUACAAGUACCGCCGUCUGAGGGAGUGUUUUUCCGUCAGCAAGUACUGGAAGGACUAUGACGUGUUCUUCCGCCAAAAAUGUGACACUUUUGCCCGAUCAAGCGAUGCAGUCUUCGAGCUCUCGACUCGCUUCGCCCAGCCUUGGAAAUUACCCGAGGGCUUGAGUGAAGCGGAGGCUGAUGCUGCCCGCCGUGCCAUUUUCUUGGAGCUCACUCAGGUUUGCCUCUGGGGCAACUCGACGGAUCUUUCUCUCCUCAUCAAUAUGAGCGAGGAAGAUAUCAAGAAGCUGCAGUCCACUGGUGGUGAACAGCUCGCUGCCACCGAGAAAAACAUUCUUGGUAACCACAUCGAAGAUGUAUGGGAGACUGUGAAGUCUCUCAAGGGUGGCCGUGUCGAUUUCAUCCUCGAUAACGCUGGCUUCGAAUUAUAUUGUGACAUGGUUUAUGCCGAUUAUCUCAUCCAAUCUGGCCAUGUCAAAACCGUUCAUUUCCAUGGCAAGCGUCUGCCAUGGUUCGUGUCGGAUGUUACCCGCAAGGAUUGGAAUUGGCUCAUCAACUCUUGCAUUUACGGUCAACUCUUCCCUCAUGUUACGGACAUCGAGCUUGGAUCCCUUCGACGACUCGGCGAGCGCUGGAAACAGUACGAACGUUCCGGCCAGUGGGUUUACGAACAGCAUCCCUUCUGGUGCACGGGAUUCACCUACUGGGACCUCGCAUCUGAGGCUCCUGAUCUCUUCCUGCAUUUGAGCAAGAGUGAUUUGGUGGUGUUCAAGGGCGAUUUGAAUCAUCGGAAGUUAACGUAUGAUUGUGCGGCGCCGGCUGCAACUCCAUUCGACGUGGCCAUCGGGCCUAUGGCCAGUUUAUCUGGUGCACCGCGCGUGGCGACCCUCAGGACAAUCAAGAGCGACGUUGUAGUAGGGCUUCCAGACAACAAAAUUGCGGAUGAGCUCGAUGAAAAAGAACCCGGGUGGAAGAUCUCGGGUAAAUAUGCCGUCGUUCUCCUUUCGGAAGGCCGACCUGGCGAAAAGGUUCGCUUCGCAUAAGGACUGUUUCUUCUCUCUUUCCCUUCUCUUUUAUCCCCCGGUUCAUCCACUAGUUCUUCAACACUCUCAUAUUUUUGUAGUUCGCUAUUUAAUAAUCCACGACCCUGGUCAGUCCGCUGUACCAUUUACGCACACUAGAAAGCAUGUUGUUGCAUCGUAUGUCAAAUACCAUUGAUGUAAUCUCCUAGUUCUUCAUCAAUC